AUUCUUUGGUGCUCAAUCGUGAGGUGUCGAAAAUUCAGUUUAUCGUGUCGAAAUUUCGGUGGCGUAUUGAUUAAGUGAGGAGUGAGGGAGGACGGAACAAAUUUUUCGAAAAGAUAUGCCGCCUCGCACAAUUUUUACGGAUUCCGUUGUUGACAUACUUAAACGGGAAAAUGGCGAGAGACACUGUUGCAUUGAUUUCACUCGUAUUUUGAGGUUUACAAUUUAUUUUCGAAAGAUUCUAUUGUGUAUCAUCGUUCCUACAACAUGAUUCGGAAUAAAUAAUAGACAAUCUAACUUAAAUGUUCUACCAUGAUCAUUCUGUAAUAGUACAUUAGGCAUUCGAAGAAAUGUUCGAAAUAACGACGAACCGGUUUACGCGGUAAAAAUAAUAAAUAACAUUUUUUUUUGCGUUGCGUUUCAUUCGCUAGCUCCACGCCGGUAAGAAAUUAUGUCAACACAAGAUGAAGAAUCAACGGGUUUUGUCACGAGUACUAUUACUAAUCAAGAAGAAACCGGUACAGUUUUACACGAAUUAUCGAAUACCUCAGCUGAUGUUUUGGGAUGUCUAUCUGUCAUGAUCGACGAAGGAAAUGCAAAUAAUGUCCAGGUACAAGAACUUGUACUGGAUGAACAAUUACUUGGUACAACACUAACAGCAAUAACAUUACCUGACGGAACCCAAGCAUAUUUGACGAAUAACUUUAGUGAUGAUGAAUCUCCAUUUAAUGGGGACGCCACUUUGGAAUUAGAAAAUGGAGAAACUAUUUUAUUACGAGAUUUAUCUGAAUUUGCGGAUGGUAAAACUCUUCAGUUGGAGGUAGAUCCAGCUUUUUUGGAUGCUCAAAAUACUUCUGUAGACAUUGCAGAAAAUACAUAUCCACAACUAGAAUUUAUCAAUGGAACGGCAUAUAUGGUUGCUAGUCAUUUAAAUGUUGGCAAUGACUUAUGGGAGAUAGAAGAUGGAAAGUUGAAAAAGAAAGAGCCUAAGAUUAUAAUAAACAAAUUAUCUGAACAAAAAAUACGACAUCCUUGUCCUAGAGAAGGAUGUACGAAAGUGUAUAGUACACCACACCAUCUCAAGGUGCAUGAACGUUCUCAUACUGGCCAGCGACCGUACAGAUGCACACAUCCAAAAUGUAAAAAAAGUUUUUCCACUGGUUAUAGUUUAAAAGCUCAUUUACGGACACAUACUGGAGAGAAACCUUAUAAGUGUCCUAACGAAGCAUGCAAUAAAAGUUUUAAAACAUCUGGAGAUUUAUUAAAACAUGUUAGGACUCAUACAGGUGAACGUCCUUUCAUGUGUCCAUUCGAAGGAUGUGGUCGAUCGUUCACAACGAGUAAUAUUAGAAAGGUCCAUGUAAGAACACAUACUGGUGAACGUCCAUAUAAAUGCACACAGCCUAAAUGUGGUAAAGCCUUUGCUAGUGCAACAAAUUAUAAGAACCAUAUACGUAUACAUUCUGGUGAGAAGCCAUAUGUAUGUUCCAUAGAGAAUUGUGGAAGGAGAUUUACAGAAUAUUCUAGUCUUUAUAAACAUCAUCUUGUUCAUACACAACAAAGACCAUUUGAGUGUAAAGUGUGUUUUAGGAGAUACAGACAAAGCAGUACACUUGUAAUGCACAAAAGAACAGCACAUGCAUUAGUUGAUAGCGAUGAUAGUACUGAUAUUUUUUUACAAGAUACUUUAGAUGGAUCUAUUCAAAGCAACAAUAAAGAGAAGAAUAGUACAAUAAGAGAAAAUAAAUUAACAGUUGAAAAAGAAACACAGCUUCAGGUUUCUAAAGUGUCUGAAGACAUAACGGAUCCUGAACCACAAAUUUUAUUAGUUAGUGAUCCAUCUCAUAUAGCUGCUUUACAGCAAAUUGGAUUGGAUGAUAGUUUUGUUGAUCCUCCAAUAGACACAACAUUUGAAGGAUUAAACAUAAAGAUCGAAGACAUAGAAUUUGGUUGGAAUUAGUGCAUUAUCAUCAGGGAAUUUUGUUUUUUAGUAUACUUUCGAAAAAUUGUAUACAAAGUUCUUAUGAAGUAGUAUGGUACACUAUAAACUAUGUAAAAGAUUAUAUAGAAAGUUAUAGAUAUUGCAUAUAAUGUUUACUAAGUAUUUAGAGUUCAGUUGAUAAAUUGUUAAAAGUAAAACUAUUUAAAUGUAUAAAGUCUUCACAAUGAGCAAAUUACAAAAGUCGGGUAAUUAAUAAUAUUUAUUAGUUUAAGGAAAAGGACUUAUGUUAGCGAAAUUAAAUAGUUACAAAAACAAAAAUAACAUUAUUAGUAUAUAUAGGGCUGUAGGUAUGUAAAUGUCAUUUCAUUCGAUCAUUCUUUUCCUUAUCAUUAUUGUUCAUAUAAAGGGCACACUCAAUGCACAUUCGUAGCAUUAACGAGGGGAGAUAAAAAAAUGAAAGUAAGAAAACAUUGCAUAUGAUAUAUCAUAUAGUAAAAUAAUUACAAUAAUAUCUAUGUUCCUUAUUAGAUAAGCAGUAAUAGUAGUAAAUGAUGGAAUGAAUUGGUUAUAUAUUGAAAUUUACAUUGUUUAUUUCUUAAUAAUGUACAAAUCAGAUUCGGAUUUCAUAUUUAUGGAUUAUAAAGCUAAAAUGAAAUAAUGAUCAUGAUUUAGUAAUAAAUUUUCAUAAUUUGAAUAAGCAUAGAUUUAAUUAUGUUAUACUAUUGUACGACAAAACUAUUAUGUUUCUUGUUUGUAUUUCUUUCAAAAUAGGAGUAUAAUAAUGCAAAACAAAUUUGUCUAUUACUUAAGAAGCUUAUUUUGAAAACUACCUAAUCGCACGAAAAUGUUUGUGUAAUUUACAUUAUUCAAUUAUGAAUACUUAAGAUUAGCACACUGUGUGAUAAAAGCGAGAUUUAUGAAACUAUUUCCUAUAGCGAGAUUAAGAUUUAUUUAGAAUGUUAUGUCUGCAGAUGAUAGAAACACGAAAGCAGAUAUCUUUGUAAUUACAUUAUUUUAUAAUAAAUCGUUCAGUAAUUUUACACGGUAAAA